UGUAAUGGAUAUUAGGGUUUGAGAGGCCGAUGGAUAAAGCUAGGGUUUAUCAAUUCUAUCUCCCCGAAGGCUCAAAGGCUCCAUCUCCGCCCCCAGGUUCACCUUCCUGUUCAUUCCUCGCCGUAGCUGAGAAUCGUCUUGUCCAUACGCGAGUGCGCAGGAGUGAGCACGCACGCAGACAUGUCGCACAGGAAAUUCGAGCACCCCCGUCACGGGUCUUUGGGGUUUCUGCCCCGCAAGAGGGCCGCUCGCUCUCGCGGGAAGGUGAAGACCUUUCCCAAGGAUGAUGCCUCUAAGGCGCCGCACUUGACAUCUUUCCUGGGAUACAAGGCCGGGAUGACCCACAUCGUGCGCGAGGUGGAGAAGCCCGGGUCUAAGCUGCACAAGAAGGAGACGUGCGAGGCCGUGACCAUCGUGGAGACGCCGCCGAUGAUCGUCGUGGGUCUGGUGGCAUACAUUAAGACGCCGCGUGGGUUGAGGUCACUGAACACGGUGUGGGCUCAGCACCUGAGCGACGAGGUGAAGCGGCGGUUCUACAAGAAUUGGUCUAAGUCGAAGAAGAAGGCGUUUUCGAAUUACAGCAAGCGGUACGAGAGCGAGGAGGGGAAGAAGGAUGUGGAGUCGGAGCUGGAGCGGAUGAAGAAGUACGCGAGCGUGAUCCGGGUGUUGGCGCACACGCAGGUGCGGAAGCUGAAGGGAAUCAAGCAGAAGAAGGCUCACUUGGCGGAGAUCCAGGUGAACGGGGGGAACAUUGCGGAGAAGGUGGACUUCGGGUUUAAGCUGUUCGAGAAGUGGGUGUCAGUGGACGCGGUGUUCAGGAAGGACGAGAUGAUCGAUAUCAUCGGCGUAACGCGGGGGCACGGGUACGAAGGCGUGGUGACGCGGUGGGGAGUGACUCGGCUGCCGAGGAAGACUCACAGGGGUCUUCGGAAGGUGGCUUGUAUCGGUGCAUGGCAUCCGGCGCGCGUGUCAUUCACUGUGGCGAGGGCUGGGCAGAACGGAUACCACCACAGGACAGAGAUGAACAAGAAGGUGUACAAGGUGGGGAAGGCGGAGGAUAAGCAGUCGUUCGGGGCGUCGACGGAGUUCGAUGUGACGGAGAAGGAGAUCACACCGAUGGGCGGGUUCGCGCAUUAUGGGAUCGUGCGGGAGGAUUAUCUGAUGCUGAAGGGAGGAGUGAUGGGACCGAAGAAGAGGGUGAUCACACUUCGGCAGAGUCUGUACAAGCAGGUGUCACGAAGCGCGUUGGAGGACAUCAAGCUGAAGUUCAUCGACACAUCAUCGAAGUUUGGUCACGGUCGGUUCCAGACAUCGUUUGAGAAGGCGAAGGUGUACGGUAAGGUCAAGGCAGCGGCUUAAGGGGCUGAAGCAUAGCCCACGGUGGAGUCUAAAUUACUGAAGUUAUGAUAUGUCAUUGGGGCUUUGGAGGCAUGCAGUGGAUGCAUGUCAUGGGCCUCUGGCAUGCAAUGAAGCAAACCCAUUGAUGAGUUUGUAUGCCUCUGCCAUGCCCUUCCUCGAUUGCCCGCUGUCCAAGUAUACCUUGGUCAUGCUGGCUGUAAGCUUCGAUACAGUUGAUUUUAUAUUGCUUUGGGAUAGUCCUCGCAUUAAUUGUAUCUUAAGUGAGGGCUUGCAAGUCUCGAGCAAGUUACGGGCCACUGGCAAGUGCCUCCGAUUUCGAUCGACCCUUUAUUGGUGUUGGUCAUCUGUGCACCUCUGCCAUGCCCACCUCCUGAUCAUUGCUUGUGCAGGGAGUCGGUUGUACAUUGGGUUCUCAAUACAAGGCUGACAAUGUCUUCAUUCUGGUCUCUUUCUAUGGGAUUGGAUAUUUAUGUUGAAUUUAGUACGCAGGGAUGUCACGACCUACUUUCUCGGUAUGUAAAGUUCCUGUGGUUCAUGAACUAGCGAUUCAUUAAAUACAAAUAAACAUGCACCUAUUCUGAUCA